GCUUUAACUGUUUAACGCCGGCCUCGAAAGUCUCAGAGGUGUGGAAAUGAUUAGACUUUGAAGAGUAGCUUGAUCGGAAACUGUUAUUCAGGCUAGGAAGCAUUUUGGUCUGGGGAGUUUCCUUUGGAUGAUAGAACCCAACCGUGUAUAAAUGGAUGCUGAGGCCUCCCAAGGGACAAGAUCUAGAGGAAUGGAACCUAAUAGGGUGAAUCCAGCAUAUGGCUUUAAGCUGGCAGCAAUGAUAGAAACAACAGAAGCUAGGAUAAUAAAAGAAAAAGAAAAUUACACGUUUGUUCCUACCAAAAGUUUCCAGGAUGCUCAUGAGAAACUCAUGAAGAACAGGGUCGUUGUUAUCGAAGGAAACGCAGGAGAAGGGAAGACAUCCAUUGCAUUUGAACUUCUCCAUUUGCUGUGCCGUGAUGUGGAGGAGGGACAGCAGCAGCAGCAGCAGCGACGACGACGACGACGACGACAUCCUCUAGAACUGCACAAUAUCAAAGACUUGGAUUUAGUGUUGCCAACGUCACACUUAGUUAUUUAUUUAGAUGACAUCUUUGGAAAAAAUGUUGUGCACAAACAAGAUGUGGAAGAAUGGAAGCAAAGAGAAAAUUCCAUUUUUUCAAAACUGUUUGGCAAUGAGCACACAGAAGGCAAUUUUCUGAUCAUUGCAAGUCGCAGUGGAAUUUUGAGUUCUUUAAAUGGUCCUUUUUCAGAAACAGUUCUUACUAAAAAAAACAUUGUGGAACUCGGCAUAGAUGCAAGAGAAAAACUGGAAAUGUUAAAGUCAUAUGAACCAAAAGAUAAUUUUGUUUCAUGGACAGAUAAUGAAGAAAAAGAAAUUGUCAUGUGUGCACCAGAUACUGGUUUUCCACAAUGUUGCUCGUUGUUCAGAGAUGCACCUUCUUUGCACACAGAGAGGGUCAAUUUUUUUAGAAGGCCUUUUUGUUUCAUGAAAUCUUUCUUAUCUAAAUUGGAAGACGGAAAAUGUUAUAGUCUGAUGUAUCUGUUUCUGAAUGGAGGUGAAGUUAAGGAAGAAGAUUUAGACCAUCACAAUGAAAAUUUUGAUAAAAAUUUACUAGAAGAAGCAUUUGCUGUUGAUAUAGUCAAAGUUACCCCAACAGUUGAGCUUUUAUACAAUAAGGAGAGGAAAGUAGAAUUUGUAAAGGAGUCCUUGAAUUGUCUGUUGGGUUGGCUGGUGAAAAAAGAGCCUAUCCAAAAACAAGGAUUUUGUUACAAAUUCAACCAUGACUCCAUUGAGGAAACAGUGGCACUUUUGUAUGGAGAAAAAACUCCCUUAGGCUACAUACAGAACUGUCCCAGAAAAUUCCUCAGUUUUCUAACUACAUCUCCACCAAUUCCAAACAGGAUACGUUUAUCGUCAAAUAAUCAGUACAAUACCAUGUUUAAACGUUUAGUCAAAGAGUUUGAAUCGGACUAUUCUGUCUCUCAAAGUUACUGGUUUGAUAUAAAAUAUCAGCAAAUAACUUCAUUAGAUGUUUGGACAGAUACUCAGUUUCUGCAGGGAUUCAUCAGAUGGCUAAGUGAUCAGAAUGUUGACAAAAAAUUAUGCCACCAGAUAAAACUCGCCCUGUUGAAUGAAGCAUGCUCCUCUGGUGCUGAAGAGUGUGUUUUAUACCUCUUGUCCGAGGGUGUAAAACCUGAUAAGAAGACACCAUUUUACGUGGUGAAGAGGGGGAGUUUGAAUGUGUUACGUAAACUACUGGAAUAUGACGUCACUCCAAAUGCAAGGGCAGGAAGGUCGCAAUCUUCACACAUUGCUUACAAUAUCAAUGUCCUUCAGGAGGCGUGUUUGUUUGAGAGAGAAGAAAUGGUGACCAUGUUGUGUGACACUUAUCCUCACUUGGUGCACGACACUGUUGGACAAAGCACGCUCCAUCUUGUGGCACUGACAGGAAACUGUUUUAUAUUUCAAACAGUGGAAAGAACUGUGCUUACAUCCUUAUGUAGAAAACAAAAGAAGUGUGAGUCAGUAGAUGGUCGUGUGGUACAUACGAGUUGUGUGUGUGCUAGGUACAUGUCUCAGUUAGUGAAGCAUUGGGGGGAGACAGUGUUACAUGCGAGUUGUUUUGGGGGACACAAAGAUCUUUGUUUAUAUUUGUGUCAGUCGUACCCAGCGCUAACCACAGUUGUAGAUAAGUUAAGAAGAUCAGUGUUACAUUUAAGCUGCAGGUGGGGACAUGGGGAGCUUUGUGUACAUUUAUGUCGGUCGUACCCAGCACUUACCACAGUUGUAGAUAAGGACGGACAUCACUGUCUUCAUCUCAUUGCUAGGUAUAUGUCAGAUGUAAACAUAUUCAUUGAGUGUGAAACUCAGGUAAAAGAAUACCUUGAGGCAACAGGACGCAAGUAUGACAUCACAACCAUACUUGACAAAAGGGGAAGAUCAGUUUUAGACAAGGCAAAGGAACGAGUAAAGUACCGGGUGACAGAAAUUAACCCUUUGUAUGAUCAUCUUGUCCGAAUAUUCAGUCAAUAAAAAUACUCAAUAUUUAUGCUAACUGCAGUUACGUAUAUCUAUAUACUGUGUAACAUGAUAUGGAACCAAACAAAGGUUUAAGAAAAACAUUUUAUCGCUUCUCAGUGAUCACAUCUCAUGGAAUAAAAAAAAAGUUUUUUUCUUCACUUCUUGUUUUUCACCAGUGUGAGUGUGGUGUUGGGUGGGUGAGUAGGGGAUUCUGUACUGUGAGAUGGCAGUAAAGGGAUGGCAGUGUGAGUGUGGGUGUGUAAGGGAUUCUGUACUGUGAGAUGACAGUGUGAGUGUGGUGGUGUAGGGGAUUCUGUACUGUGAGAUGACAGUAAAGUGAUGUGAGUGUGGUUGUGUAAGGGAUUCUGUACUGUGAGAUGUGAGUGUGGUGGUGUGUGGAUGAGUAGGGUAUUCUGUACUGUGAGAUGACAGUAAAGGGAUGACAGUGUGAAUGUGGUGGUGUGUUGAUGAGUAGGGGAUUCUGUACUGUG